CUGUUCCACAGCGGAUCGGUGGUACGUCCCGUCUCCCGCCCACACUCCAAGAGCUAGAAGACGAUGCAGGAAAAAUAAUUCCCACUCUCUCUCUACACUGCCUCCCUUUCUCUCUCCAUGACUUUUGUUUCGCCGUUCCUUAAAUGCUAGGUUUGUUGAAGGAAGUUGUGGAGGGAUUGAUUUUUGGUCUGGAUGGUAUUAGGGGAUGGAGUGAAAUCCGAGUUUAUCGAGCUAGGUUUCUUGAUGGGGGAUAUGAGCGGAGAACGGGUUGAGGAUUUUCCGUAUGAAGACUGAGGAUGCAGGUCGGGAGUUUCGGCGGGGGCUGGAGGAUUUGGUCAGAGGUCGUAUCGAUGGAUGUAUGACUGCGCUUGCUUCGUGCAGCGCUGUCCGGAGCACUGAUGAGGAGGAGGAAGCCGGUGUCAUCGCUGGUGAUGUGGUGGACCAGCUUGUUCGACGUCGGCGUCGCUCGGACCUUGAGGGUGAUGAUAUUGCCGAGUCUUCUGCGGCCGCGCGCAGGCACUCCCGGAUUCUCAGUCGGUGGGUCGCUCGCCAGGCGGAGGAGAUGAUCACUACUAUUGAGCGCCGGAACCGUGAGUCAGAGCUUAUGGCUCUUGCGGGCCUGCAUACGGUUUCGAUGCUGGAUUCUUCGUUUCUCCGUGAGUCCCGGAGAUCGCAGUCAUCGGCGGAACGUCCCGUGGCUGCCCGGGCUUCAUCCAUUCUUCAGCGGUGGAGGGAACUGGAGGUCCAAGCUGCGGCGAGGGACAGGAGGAGCACGAGGCGGGGUGCGGCCGGUUCUGGCUUUCGGCACGCGCCGGAGAGCCAGGCCAGUGAGAGCGACAACAGUGAAUUCAGCCAAUGGGCUCAGGGCGCUUUUCAUACGGUGAAUAGAAGACACGAUCUUUAUUUGGGGGAUGAGGAUGGGCGGCGAUCCAGCAGAGAGCAGUCUCCUGAUCUUGGGGAUAUUGAAAGGGAAAGGGUAAGGCAAAUUGCGCGUGGAUGGAUGAAUGAGAGUGGAAUUGCUGAUGGCUCCUCACGCGUAUCGACCAGGAAUGAGACUCCGAGGGCAGAGUGGCUCGGCGAAACUGAACGGGAGAGAGUCAGACUGGUGAGAGAGUGGGUGCAGAUGAACAGUCAGCAAAGGGAGUCACAAGAUAGCGGGAGGGAGGGGCGUGAGAGUGAGAGGGAGGAGUCAGCAACCGAUCACGAAGAUGGUCAGCCAGAGCAUGUCCGACGGGAUUUGCUUAGGAUUCGAGGAAGGCAGGCAAGGCUAGAUCUACUCACGAGGAUUGUUCGAGAAAGACAGAGGGAACUACAGGGUUUGUCAGAGCACAGGGCAGUGUCAAACUUUGCUCACCGCAGCCACAUUCAGUCAUUUCUGAGAGGUAGAUUCUUACAAAAUGGAAGGCCCCAAGAGUAUGAGAGACCACCCUCCGUGGCAGCAAGAGAACUAGGUCAGCUAAGACAACGGCAUCCCGUUUCUGAAUUAAGCAAGCAACAUUCUGCUGAACCUGAAUUUACCGCAUGGCAUAGCAUAACUGGAGAAGAAGAAUCUGAUGGUACUUGGCAUGAUCAAAUCGACCAGGAACGGCCAGGAGAAACACCAGAUGAUGCAGAUGGAGAAGGCCUUGUUCUAGAAGCACUUGAAUGGCACGUGAAUGAUUCUCAUGAGACUAUCGAGAACUGGGAAAAUAGGCCUUCAGAUCCACCUAGAGAGCCGCAGCCUAUUUCUUCAAGGCGGGUAAACAGGUUCCUUACCCCAGGUGAUGAUAAUGUGUACAGUAUGGAGCUCAGGGAACUCUUAAGAAGGAGAAGUGUUUCUACUCUUCUUCGCAGCAGGUUUCGAGAAAAUUUAGACCAACUAAUUCAAUCUUAUGUUCAGCGGCAAGGUCAUAGUCCUCUUGAUUGGGAUGAGCAGAGACCCCUGUCUACCCCGGCUUUACCAGAGAGAGAGCAGGGACACCAAAGAGAUGCUACUAAUCAGGUACCGCUUGACCCUGUUGCUAGGCCUCCAAUUCUGCUUCAAUCUCCGCCAGGGCCACCUUCACAACAAAUGUGGGACCCAAGGCUCCAUUAUAACAAUUGGAAUCGACAUGGCAUGCACCGAUCGGAAAUUGAAUGGGAUACUAUUAAUGAUUUGAAGGCUGAUGUGGCUAGGCUUCAACAAGGGAUGAGCCGUAUGCAGAGGAUGCUUGAGGCUUGCAUGGAUAUGCAACUAGAAUUGCAAAGAUCGGUUAAGCAAGAAAUUUCUGCUGCUUUGAAUCGCGGUCAAGGUACAAGUGAGGAUCCAGCGGAUGAGAGCUCUAAAUUCAGCCUUGUUAGAAAAGGAACUUGCUGUGUCUGCUGUGAUAAUCACAUCGAUUCCCUCCUCUACAGGGAGGGUUUUCGCUUUGUGUUGGGGGAUAUUGUUCGGGCUCAAACAAAUUUGCAAGCUGAAGGAAGGGAUAGCAGACUUCCCGUCUCUACGAACGAUCAAAGGAAUGAUGGACAACUAAAUGAUAUGGUUGAGCUUGCCAGUCUUAAUCAGGAACAUUUGCAGUCAGCAACUGAAAAUUAUGAAAUUCGUCAAACAUUAGAGAUGCACUCAACAGCAGAGGUUGAAAGCAUUGGCACUACAGAUAAUAUGGAUUUACUACCUUUCAUGGCUGAAAUUGAUAAUUGGCGAGAACAAAACGCAGAGCCUAUGAGGAUUAUGAUACAAAAAACUAUAUGGUUCAUGGGGAUAUACAGUCAAUACAAAUGGAAUUAUUUCAUCUAA